AUGGACUCACUGUCCGACGAAGUUUGGGCCAAACUGCCUCCGCCGCCAGGUUUCGAGAAGCUUCCAGCACAAAUUCAAGCAAAACUCAAGGAAAUUCACACACAGCGCGGCACUCACGCGGAGCGAGCCGCCAAAUAUGCGCAGCUGUUCGAUUCGCUGCCAGCGGAACAAAAGAAGCUGCUCGGACCUCCAAUGCCAAAGCCUUGA